AUGUCAUUUGGGAGUGCUGCGCCGGACGCCUGGGCUCCCGUGGCCAGAAGGGACAGGCCUUCAUCCCAGUUCUUCUAUUCUGGAGUGAAGAUGGUGAGUGUGGGUGUGGGUACAAGAGAAUCCAGCCCAGGAUCCAGGUCUGAUGUGGAGACAGAUGAGGUUGUCUUGCGAAGGAGGCAGAAGCAGAUAAACUAUGGGAAAAACACCAUUGGUUACCAGCACUUUGUCCAGCAGGUUCCUAAGGCUGCUCGGCAGUCUGGUGUUCACCCAUGUACACCAAAUAAAUAUAAGAAGUACAGUCGCCGCUCGUGGGACAUGCAGAUCAAGCUGUGGCGACGGGCACUGCAUGGCUGGGACCCAUCUGGACUGAAUGCCCAUAGACUUGAGAGGGAAGAGCUGGUGACUAAAAUGGAAGAUCCUUUGUCUAAUAUCUCAAAUGAAUGGAUUGGUGCUCAAGGGACCCCGGGAAGCAUGAGCAAAGGAGUCCUGGGAGGACAGCUGUUUCAGAAUGCUCCAUCCAACUGGGAGAAUUUCCGGGAAGAUGUAGAAGACUGUCCAUUCUGUUCUUGGCUAUCAAUUUGUUCUCCUGGCACCGCGCAGCAGCUGAUGCCCUAGAAGAGGCAAAUCUUUCACCCCUGUGAUCCACAUGUGCCCCCUUUGCUUGCUGUAAUAUCCACCAUUUUGUACUGGAUUGUUCCCAUUUCUAUACUUAUGUUGUGGUUUACUUUAUGUAGUCUUCAUUCAUGCAGAGCGCUCAUUACU